AUGCGAAAACUGGCCCAACUGCAAGCACCGCAGCCGCCACCGGAUGAACCGUCGUCAGGUUCAACGGGGUUCGGAAGCAGUCUGGGACGUAUAAUGCGACCUACGAACGAGCUCAAGAUGCGGUGUACCGAACUUGACGAACACGGCAAUGUCACACUUGUUAGCGGAGAGUUCAAGAAGAGCGAGCUGAUCGCCAAGUACGGUCUGCUUCCUCGCGAUCUCCGCAAAAUCGAUUCCUCGCUCCUCCCACAUAUUCUCGUCCGGCCGUCUGCGAUCCUGAUAAACCUCCUCAACCUUCGUGUCCUCCUCAAGCACAACCGCGUACUUGUCUUUGAUGCAUACGGUACCACCGACUCGAAAUCGCAGUCUGUCUUCAUGUACGAUCUUGAUCUCAAACUCCGCCAGAAAGAAUCCACCGUCAACGGCACCCUCGCGUACGAAUUUCGAGCACUUGAAGCUGUCCUCAUAAGCGUAACACUGAGUCUGGAGAAGGAGUUCGAAGGUGUCAGUGAGCCAGUGGUGAGAGUUCUGAGGGAGCUCGAGGAAGACAUCGAUAGGGACAAGCUACGGUACCUGCUCAUCUACAGUAAGAAGCUGGGUAGUUUCGAACAAAAGGCACGACUAGUCAGGAAUGCGCUCGAAGAAUUGCUGGAAGCGGACGAUGAUCUCAGCGCCAUGUACUUGACUGAGAAGGCUGAGGGCAAGACGCGCGAAGACGACGAUCACACGGAAGUCGAGAUGCUCCUGGAAUCUUAUCACAAGGUCGCCGACGAAAUCGUUCAAGCAGCUGAGAACUUGGUGUCGAGCAUCAGGAACACCGAGGAGAUUGUCAAAGCCAUCCUCGAUGCCAACCGCAACUCCCUCAUGCUUCUCGACCUCAAGUUCUCGAUCCUUACUCUCGCGAUCACAGCCGGGACCUUCGUCGCCGCUCUAUACGGUAUGAACUUAAAGAACUUCAUUGAAGAAUCCGAUCUUGGUUUCUUCGGUAUAAGCGCCUGGUGUUCAGUCUUUGGCUUCUUUGUCGCUGUAUACGGUCUGUCAAGGCUUCGAAAGGUACAACGGGUCAGCAUGUAUGGCCACGGACCUGGUGCGCUCGUUAGCAGGGAGCCAACCAGGCCGACUGUAGCUCCAGGCGGAGGAUGGGGCCUUGGUGCGUGGGGUGGUGGCAGUAGAAACGGUGUCAGUCGAGGAGACAUGGGCAGUACGAUGCCGACCGGAGCACCGGAUCUGGGUGGAAUAACGAAGAGAGGUGACACACUAGCCAGUGUCAUGGAAAGAGAAAGAGCGUUGGCGAGGAAGUUGGCCAAGGUCGAGCAGAGGGCUGACGAUGCUACGAGACGUUGA